GGAAGCAACAAAUGAACUCAAAGUGGCAGCUAGCAACACCUUAGUGACCCUGGCACGCUGCUAUUUCUAUGAGGUGAUGUACGAGCUGCAGUGUCGUCUGAAACUACUGGGGCUGCCUGAAGAGUUUACUUUCAUUACACUGGGCAACCUGUCAUCAGCCUAUGCACUUAAGUGUAUCCCUUAUGUGGGAAUGACCCUGAAGCGCAUGUUCUCCAUGUUGGGGUUAGUCAAGGACAGCAGGCUGAGACAAGCAUUUUGUGGUGUUCUGGAAAAAUGGUCAAGGGCAAUAAAUCUAUAUUUGUCUAACUGGGAUAAGAACACAUUCCCCAGCAUGGGUACAUUGCGAUUCUUCGAUACAAUUCUUCCAUUCUAUUGUCAUGUGACCAGCAACUGGCUGCAAUGUGAGGAGCUGAAG